AUGUUUCCAUCGGCACGCGGCGCGGACGCGGCCCUCACUCCGGACACCUUUCCCGCCUCGUUCGAUUGUUAUGUGCGGCAGAUAGCUCUCCCUCGCUGUCUUCAAAUACGUUUAAAGCCAAGGCGGUUUCUCAUGAGUUCGCUAUUCGACGCAUCCUCUUCGAACGAGGCCGUGCACCUGCAGCGGCGCCUGCUGAGCCUCAGUUCGGAGCUAGUGACGCUCCGGAACCACCUGCACGUGGGCGGAGCGGGGGCGGGGGCGGGCGCGGGGGCGGCGGCGGGCCCGGCGGGGGCGCCGAGCGGCGGCUCCCAGCCGGCCGUGCCGCCGCGCGCGCCGCUACUGCCGCCGCCCCCCCCCCCCCCGCCACACGCGCCGCCGCACACGCCGCACGCGCCUCACCAGCCGCCGCCGCAACCGCCGCCAGUUCCCCCUGAGACACGAUGGCGCGGUGCGGUCGCGGCGCCCGUUGCGAGCGGAGCGGGAACGUGCGCGGCGGCGGGCGCGGGCGCGACAGCGGGCGCGGGAGCGGGCGCGGACGUGGACGAUCUGAUCCACCUGCGUGGGCCUCUCACCGAGGACGCGGUGGUGCGCGCCCUGCAAGCUCGCUUCUAUCACAACAAGUUCUAUACGUGGGCGGGGCCCAUCCUGGUGGCGGUGAACGCGUACACGGACGCGGCGAACGCGCUGACGCCGGGCGCGGCGCGCGCGCAGCGGCCCGAGCUGGCGCGGCUGGUGCACGACGCGGUGCGCCACCAGGCCGACUCCGGCUGCCCCCAGGCCAUCGUGCUCUCGGGCGUGUCGGGCUCCGGCAAGACGUACGCGUCGAUGGUGCUGCUGCGGCGGCUGUUCGACGUGGCGGGCGGCGGGCCCGAGACGGACGCCUUCAAGCACCUGGCGGCCGCCUUCACCGUGCUGCGCUCCCUCGGCACCGCCGCCACGCUCCCCAACUCCAACUCUAGCCGCAUCGGUCAUUUCAUUGAGGUGCAAGUGACGGAUGGUGCGUUGUACCGCACAAAGAUCCACUGCUACUUCCUGGACCAGACCAGAGUGGUGCGUCCGCCGGCCGGAGAGCGCAACUAUCACAUCUUCUACCAGCUGCUGGCAGGCCUCACGCCGGAGGAGCGUGUGCAGCUGCACCUAGAUGGAUACUCAGCACAGGACUUACGCCGUUUAGCUCAGUGGCUAGAGCGUCAGGCCGCUAAUGUCGAAGACGACGCGGCGUCGCGGCGCGCCUCCACGGCGGGCGGCCGCUCGCGCGCCCGGGCGCACUCCAUGGCGGCCCUCAACGACGCGGUGCGCCACGCCACCGACGGCUUCGUGGGCAUCCUGGACAUGUUCGGCUUCGAGGACGCGGCGCCGAGCCGGCUCGAGCACCUGUGCGCCAACCUGUGCGCCGAGACCAUGCAGCACUUCUACAACACCCACGUGUUCAAGUCCUCGGCCGAAUCGUGCCGCGAGGAGGGCGUCGUGGGGGCGCUCGAGGUGGAAUACGUCGACAACGUGCCGUGCAUCGAUCUGGUGUCAUCUUUGCGCGCCGGCCUCCUGGCCGCGCUCGAUGCCGAGUGCGCAGCGCGCGGCACGCCCGAGCAAUACGUCGCCAGGAUUAAAACGGCGCACAGGGGCCACCCGCGGCUGGGCGAGGCGCGGCCGGCGCACGCGCGCCGCUUCGCCGUGCGCCACUACGCGGGCGAGGUGGUCUACGACGCGGCGGAGUUCCUGGACGCCAACCGGGACACCGUGCCCGACGACCUGCUCGCCGCCUUCGACACGCGCACCUGCGAGUUCGGCUUCGCGACGCACCUCUUCGGCGCCGAGCUCAAGGCGCUGGCGGCGGGUGGCGGGGCGAGCGGCGCCCAGUUCCGCGCGUCGCCGACGGCGGCGGCGGCCGCGCUGGCGGCGGCCUCGGGCGACGCGCCCGGCUCCACGCUCACGCAGGACUUCCACACGCGGCUCGACAACCUGCUGCGCACCCUCGUGCACGCGCGGCCCCAUUGUGAG